UCCCGGUCCCUCCGUGCCCCCCCCGGUGCCCCGCAAUGGCAGCAUGCCGCUGGCCGUGAGCUGGCCGUUCCCCGCGGGGCAGCCGCUGCCCUGGGCCCUUGCCAGCCGCAUCGUUAUGGGCCUGGUUGGCACCUACAGCUGCGUCUGGACCCGGUACCUGAACCGGCUGCGCGUGCACAACGCAGAGGUCCUGCACGAGCUCGUGGAGCGGCGCGGGCCCCGCACCCCCCUGCUCACACUCUCCAACCACCAGUCCUGCAUGGACGACCCCCACCUGUGGGGUUCCCUGAAGCUGCGGCACGUUUGGAGCCUGCACAAGAUGCGCUGGACCCCCACGGCCGCCGACAUCUGCUUCACCCGGGAGCUGCAUUCGCUCUUCUUCAGCCUCGGCCGCUGCGUCCCCGUGUGCAGGGGGGACGGCGUGUACCAGCGCGGGAUGGAUUUCAUCCUGGACAAGCUCAACCAGGGGGACUGGGUCCACGUCUUCCCCGAAGGCAAAGUGAACAUGGGGCAGGAGUUCGUGCGCUUCAAGUGGGGCAUCGGGCGUCUCCUGGCCGAGUGCCGCCUCGACCCCAUCGUCCUGCCCCUGUGGCAUGGGGGCAUGAACGACGUCCUCCCCAACACCCGCCCCUACGUGCCCCGUGUGGGGCAGCGGAUCACAGUGGUUGUGGGGCGACCGUUCAGCGUCCGGCCCCUCCUGGAGAGGCUCCGGGCUGAGGGCACCUCAACGAUGGAGAUAAGGAAGGCGCUGACGGACUUUGUGCAGAAGGAGUUUGAGGCGCUGCGGGGCCAGGCCCGGGCGCUCCAUCGCGCCCCAUAGCGUGCGGUGUGCCCCACAGAGGAACAGAUGGGUCUGCCCCACACACAGGGGGCUGUGCCCCACAGGAUGACAGCCCCACAGAUGGACAGACUGCCCCAUUGCCCUUGCAGCACCAUGGGGCGCAGGUGAAGGACAGACUGACGGAUGGGCAUCCUGCCCCAUAGCGUGCCCCACACCCACUGCCUGUGCACGGUGCCAAUAAAGGGGGUGAAGCCUCA